AUGGCUGCCGGUGCCAUCGUGGGUGGUGCCGCCGUGAGCAAUGUCGCCGGCGGCUUGGCAAUCAAGGAGAAUUUGGGAGAAACUCAUGAAGCAACAAAGAUAGAUAUUCAACAAUUGAAGGAGCAAAUACACGAGAUUUUGGAAGCCAUAGAGGCACUAGAAAAAUCUAGAAAGACUUCCACUCAACAACAUCAACAAAGGGUUCAGGAAACCCAAGUUUCUCCUCCAUACGGUCUUCCUCUGAAUUACACGCCACCCAUUGGAUUUGACUCAGGGAAAAAAGCUGCAAGCUACAUGGUUGCAACUCAUGAUACGAAGGAGAACGAACCUGGGACAUCCACCUUCACAGGCACCCAAGGAAUUGGUCAACUAGAUGUAGUACAUGUGUCAAUGAAAAAGCAACCCGAGGAAAGGCUGAGAGCUAUAGAGGGUGUACAGAAGUUUGAGUUUGGCAAUGCUGCAGAGUUGUGUUUAGUUCCAGAUGUGGUGAUACCUCCGAAGUUCAAAUUGCUAGAGUUUGAAAAGUAUCAAGGGAACACUUGUCCAAAGAAUCAUAUAACCAUGUACUGCAGAAAAAUGACUGCCUACGUUCAUGAUGAGAAACUAUUGAUUCACUUCUUUCAGGAAAUCUAA